AUGCAAGAGAGACCGACCACGGUCGCUGCAUAUGCGGCAGGAGCCUCGCUCGCCGCAGUCGCGCUAUUCUACGUAUUCGGUCCUAACUACACGAUCGACGGCGAUGAGUCCAACGACAGCAACCGCAAAAAGAGCAUUGUGGGCCUGUCGAACCUAGCCAAUGACUGCUUCAUUAACUCGGUGUUGCAGGCACUGGCUGGUCUGGGUGAUCUGCGGGUCUAUCUGAUCCGUGAGCUGCACCGCCGCGAAUUAGAUGGACCGGGGGUUUACCACGCGGUCCCGGGCCCGAACGAGCUCUCGCGCGGCCAGCGGCCAGACAAGGAGAGGGAGUUACAGCAAGGGCUAAUUACAAGGGCGUUGAAAGAAAUGCUGGAUCGGCUGAAUGAGCGCCCCAUCUACAAGAAGACUAUUUCGGCGCGCGAAUUCAUCCAGGCGCUAGAGUUGGCGUUUCGCACGCGCAUCAGUCGGAAUCAGCAGGACGCGCAGGAAUUCUUACAAAUUGUGUUGGAAAGGCUAUGUGACGAGUACCAUGCGGGGGUACGAGCGAGACAGCGGGCCAUUGCACUCGACAGCGCGUCUGCUAGCUCCGCCGAAAUGGGAGCUGUACCUGAAAGCCAUUCGGAGGUGGAAGUGCGCAUUGAUGAUGGAUCCGAGAAUGGAUUGCCGGCUAUUAUUGACACCAAGUUUCACGGAAUUGACGACGAGCCAGGAUUUCCAUUUGAAGGGAAGUUGGAAUCUCAGAUCGUGUGUCAGUUUUGCCACUACGAGUACAAACCGAAUCAGACGGCCUUUGUCAACCUAACGUUGCAAGUGCCCCAAAAGAGCUCUACGACGCUCAACAACUGUUUCGAUGGACUGUUGAAGACAGAGUAUAUCGAAGACUUCCGCUGUGACCGCUGUCGGUUGAUGCACGCCGUUGAAAUCAAGAAGACGGAGCGAGCUCGGGCACGUUCAAAGAGCGAGCAGGAGCGGUUGGAUCAAGAGAUCACGCGCAUCGGAAAAGCCAUAAGUACGGAUCCUGAGAGUGAGCUCGAAGGGAUUGUUCUACCACCGUCAGACCUUGUACCCAAGCGGCGAAUUGCACGGCAUAUGCGCAUCGUUUCAUUCCCGAAGGUCAUUGCAAUUCAUCUGUCACGGUCGAUUUUCGAUCGUAGCAGUUCCACCAAGAAUGCGGCCAAGGUAUCGUUCCCAGAACGAUUGCCUCUAGGAGGCAUUCUGAACCAGAUCUGGUAUAAAUUGCUUGCCAUUGUCUGCCACAAGGGUAGUCACCACAGCGGCCACUACGAAUCCUUCCGACGCAACCAUCUGUACGCCCCAUUCUCGACCCCCGAAGCCUUCAGCUCCUACGCACAGAGCCGCGUGAACAGUCAGCCCCGACCUCGACACGGGUGGGAGCAGCAGCAUCUCCACCGCGACCUCGACCACCUCGCUCUCGGGCGCCUCGCCAAUUUCUCAACGCACGCCUUCCCUAUCGCGUCCCUCUUUCCAGAGCAGCCAUUCCCAUUCCCGCUCCUCGACCCCCCAACCUACCGAUUCCGACAGCAACAGCUCGACUUCCGACAAGGGUCGAUUCAGUACCUCGUCUGGCCCGCGCGCUUCCCGAACCAUUCCCCGCUCGUCCACCGAGACGGCGGGGUAAGUUCGCGACUUCGACGUCGUCGCAAGCCGAACGAUCGCUGGUGGCGCAUCUCAGACGAGAAGAUCAAAGAAUGCAAGACCUCGGACGUGUUGGGCAUGCAAAAGGAAGUCUACUUGCUGUUCUACGAGAUUGAGCGACCCGACAGCAGCCCCCGCGGUGGCUGA